CGAGGCUGAUGACAUGACAUUACAAAGCAGCUCAUGCUGCGAGACGACAGAGGUGCCAGAUUUGGGUGGAGGGAAGAUUUGGAAUCAUGUCUGAUCAAAGAACAAAGAAAAAAAGACUUGGUUCACGUCGCUGGGUAGCUAACCAAAACGAAACAUCCAAGGGAGAUGAGUUCCACGUAACGGACAGCACUUCUUUGGCAGAACGCCACAUACCAGAAGAAAAUAAUGAAUCAUUCAGUGUAAUGUCUAAUCCUGACAGUUUACAAUCUGAAACCCAGCAUCCACCUUCAUUAGACCUCACAUCGAACAAAAGAAAACUGGGGUCUAGACGAAAAAAUAAAGAACGACAGUAUGUUGAGGACUCAGCAACUGAAUCUUACCACGAAACCAGAGAGGAAGCUGAGGAAAACACCAGGCGCAAUGAAACCCUUGAAACAACACAGAUAUCGCUGGCGAUACAAUCUGAUAUGCAGCAAGAUUUAAGUCAAGUGAGUGAGCAUGAUACGUCUGCAACGCAUGGCAGCUCUUUGUAUUCAACCAUUACCCCUGGUUAUUCUUUUGAGGUUCAAAACCCUACUACAACAAAAUGUUCAGAGGAUCACCUGGAAGGUUUACUUCCCAAAAGUGGAAAUCAACAAGCAGACCACGGUGAAAAAGAAACUGGCCGUGAAGUGAUGUCUGAUUCUUGUAAAUUAGAGGAAACCAUGCUGCAAGUCGCUGACAUAUCUGACACUCCUCAGAGUGAGGAAGUCAAAGAAAAUGCACAUCUUGUGGGCAGCUCUAACGUAACUAGUCUAACCAACACCGAUUUCAACUCAAGAAGAAAGCUGGGGUCUAGUCGUAGAGAUAAAGGACGACAGCAUGUAAAGGAUUCUGUGGCUGAAUCAUACCAUGAAACUAAAGAGGAAGUUGUUGAAUAUAUUAGGGGUAAUGAGGCCUUUGACACAGCUGGCAUCUCUGAGUUAAAUAGUUUACCUCCAAGUGCAUCAGUCGAUCAACAGCUGAUAAACCACUCAAAGGUCAAGGAGAUGCCAGAAAAAAGCAGCCUUGAACUACAUACACAACCUGAAUGCAGUGCUGAACGAGAAAUGGAUUCAUCACCUAAAGAGGAGUUGUCUGCAAAUGAGGAACAAAAUGAGCAUUUCAACGUAUCUGAAGUCAGAGGAACUCAGCACUCAGAGGACACUGCAAAGGAAGUGCAUGAAGAAGAGGAGGUUACGCCAACAGAAAUGCAAGAAAUCCGUUCUAUAGAUUAUUCCUCUGAGAGUGUGAUACAUGAUGCCAAAGAAAAUUCUGAAAUCAGUUUUGCAAACCCGACAGACCAAGCUGAAGUCAGUGACACAUACCAAUCUGAACUGAGUGUGGAAAGUAUUGAUUCUGCUACCAAGCAGGAAGUUUCAAAUCCUGAUGAUGAACAGGAUGAGCAUCCUAUGAAAGAAAGUAAUGUGGAGGCUUUAGACCAGAGAAAUGAAGAUUAUGGUACUAAGACACCACAGACCAGUGACACAGAAAUAGCAGAUACUGCACUUGGUCAGGUGUAUGAGAAUGAAGGCCGCGGAGAGGAUGAUGUAAAACCCGCUGCUGAACAAACAAGUCACCAGGAGAAGGAAGGACUCCUCUCUGAAAUGGAGCACAGCAAAUAUUUUCUACAAACUCUGCAAUCAGAAUCAAAUGCUUCUUUGGACUCACAACUUCAGGACAAUUCUGUAAAAACAGACGAGCAAAAUGAAGCUGACUUCAACCCCCUCAGGAACAGAAGAAAACUGGGGUCUAGUCGUAGAAAUAAAGGACGACAGCAUGUCAAGGACUCUGGUGCUGAAUCUCACCACAAACCUACAGAGGAAGAUGUAGAAGAUAUUAGCAGCAAUGAAACCUUGGAAACAGCAACGUCAUCAACAUUACAGACGACAGUUCAAGAAGAAUUAAGUCAAGAGAAUGAUCAUGAUGUUAUCAUGUCUGUAACAUAUGACACUUCUCUGUAUACAGCAUCUACACCUGAUUAUUCUUCUGAGGUUCACAACCCCACUACAACAAACUAUCCAGAGGCUGACCUGGAAAGUCCUGCACUAGCUCAGGUAUAUGAGAAUGAAGGCCGAGGAGAGGAUGAUCUAAAACUCACUGCUGAACAAACAAGUCAUCCAGAGAAGGAAGGACUCCUCUCUGAGAUGGAGGAGUAUUCAGUAACAGGUACAGAAAAGAAAGAAAAAGAAGAGGACACAGACGUGUUAAGACAGUGGGGAAUUUUACAGGCCAACAAUUUGAUGAGUGAGUCACAUGUGAAAUCAGAUGAUGUAGAGCCUUAUAUGACACCAGAGAUAUCCACAGAAAAACGCAGCCUUGAACUACAUACAGAACCUGAAUGCAGUGCUGAACGAGAAAUGGAUUCAUCACCUAAAGAGGAGUUGUCUGCAAAUGAGGAACAAAAUGAGCCUUUCAACGUAUCUGAAGUCAGAGGAACUCAGCACUCAGAGGAUACUGCAAAGGAAGUGCAUGAAGAAGAGGAGGUUACGCAAACAGAAAUGCAAGAAAUCCAUUCUAUAGAUUAUUCCUCUGAGAGUGUGAUACAUGAUGCCAAAGAAAAUUCUGAAAUCAGUUUUGCAAACCCGACAGACCAAGCUGAAGUCAGUGACACAUACCAACCUGAGCUGAGUGUGGAAAGUAUUGAUUCUGCUACCAAGCAGGAAGUUUCAAAUCCUGAUGAUGAACAGGAUGAGCAUCCUAUGAAAGAAAGCAAUGUGGAGGCUUUAGACCAGAGAAAUGAAGAUUAUGGUACUAAGACACCACAGACCAGUGACACAGAAAUAGCAGAUACUGCACUUGGUCAGGUGUAUGAGAAUGAAGGCCGCGGAGAGGAUGAUGUAAAACCCGCUGCUGAACAAACAAGUCACCAGGAGAAGGAAGGACUCCUCUCUGAAAUGGAGGACAGCAAAUAUUUUCUACAAACGCCGCAAUCAGAAACAAAUGCUCCUUUGGACUCACAACUUCAGGACAAUUCUGUAAAAACAGACGAACAAAAUGACUCUGACUUCAACCCCCUCAGGAACAAAAGAAAACUGGGGUCUAGUCGUAGAAAUAAAGGACGACAGCAUGUCAAGGACUCUGGUGCUGAAUCUCACCACAAACCUACAGAGGAAGAUGUAGAAGAUAUUAGCAGCAAUGAAACCCUGGAAACAGCAAUGUCAUCAACAUUACAGACGACAGUUCAAGAAGAAUUAAGUCAAGAGAAUGAUCAUGAUGUUAUCAUGUCUGUAACAUAUGACACCUCUCUGUAUACAGCAUCUACACCUGAUUAUUCUUCUGAGGUUCACAACCCCACUACAACAAACUAUCCAGAGGCUGACCUGGAAAGUGAUGAUACCAAGAUACCACAGACCAGUGACACAGAAAGAGCAGACACUGCACUAGCUCAGGUAUAUGAGAAUGAAGGCCGAGGAGAGGAUGAUCUAAAACUCACUGCUGAACAAACAAGUCAUCCAGAGAAGGAAGGACUCCUCUCUGAGAUGGAGGAGUAUUCAGUAACAGGUACAGAAAAGAAAGAAAGAGACGAGGACACAGACGUGUUAAGACAGUGGGGAAUUUUACAGGCCAACAAUUUGAUGAGUGAGUCACAUGUGAAAUCAGAUGAUGUAGAGCCUUAUAUGACAACAGAGUUAUCCACAGAAAAAAGCAGCCUUGAACUACAUACAGAACCUGAAUGCAGUGCUGAACGAGAAAUGGAUUCAUCACCUAAAGAGGAGUUGUCUGCAAAUGAGGAACAAAAUGAGCCUUUCAACGUAUCUGAAGUCAGAGGAACUCAGCACUCAGAGGACACUGCAAAGGAAGUGCAUGAAGAAGAGGGGGUUACGCAAACAGAAAUGCAAGAAAUCCAUUCUAUAGAUUAUUCCUCUGCUAGUCUUCAAAAUCUUCAAGAAAACCAUCAUGAAAGAGAGACUGAGUUUAAAGUGGACGUGUCUGACAAAUUGGAGGAAGCCACACUAGAAGGAAUGAACAAAUCUGAUACUCCUCAGAGUGAAGAAGUCAGUGGCACUCAUUAUUCAAAGGAUGCUGUUUAUGAAGUGCAGGAACAGGAAGCUAACCCAACACAAAUCCAAAAAAUGCAUGAAAGUGAUUUCUCCCUUGAGAGUGUGAUACAUGAUGCCAAAGAAAAUUCUGAAAUCCGUUUUGCAAACCCGACAGACCAAGCUGAAGUCAGUGACACAUACCAACCUGAGCUGAGUGUGGAAAGUAUUGAUUCUGCUACCAAGCAGGAAGUUUCAAAUCCUGAUGAUGAACAGGAUGAGCAUCCUAUGAAAGAAAGCAAUGUGGAGGCUUUAUACCAGAGAAAUGAAGAUUAUGGUACUAAGACACCACAGACCAGUGACACAGAAAUAGCAGAUACUGCACUUGGUCAGGUGUAUGAGAAUGAAGGCAGAGCAAAGGAUGAUGUAAAACCCACUGCUGAACAAACAAGUCACCAGGAGAAGGAAGGACUCCUCUCUGAAAUGGAGGACAGCAAAUAUUUUCUACAAACUCUGCAAUCAGAAACAAAUGCUCCUUUGGACUCACAACUUCAGGACAAUUCUGUAAAAGCAGAUGACCAAAAUGACGCUGACUUCAACCCCCUCAGGAACAAAAGAAAACUGGGGUCUAGUCGUAGAAAUAAAGGACCAAAGCAUGUCAAGGACUCUGGUGCUGAAUCUCACCACAAACCUACAGAGGAAGAUGUAGAAGAUAUUAGCAGCAAUGAAACCCUGGAAACAGCAAUGUCAUCAACAUUACAGACGACAAGUCAAGAAGAAUUAAGUCAAGAGAAUGAUCAUGAUGUUAUCAUGUCUGUAACAUAUGACACCUCUCUGUAUACAGCAUCUACACCUGAUUAUUCUUCUGAGGUUCACAACCCCACUACAACAAACUAUCCAGAGGCUGACCUGGAAAGUGAUGAUACCAAGAUACCACAGACCAGUGACACAGAAAGAGCAGAUACUGCACUAGCUCAGUGUCCUCAUGACAAUGAGGAGCGAGGAGAAGAUGAUCUAAAACUCACUGCUGAACAAACAAGUCUCCUCUCUGAAAUGGAGGACAGAGAAUCUUCUCUACAAACCCUGCAAUCAGAAACAAAUGCUCCUUUGGACUCACAACCUCAGGACAAUUCUGUAAAAACAGACGAGCAAAAUGAAGCUGACUUCAAGCCCCUCAGGAACAGAAGAAAGCUGGGGUCUAGUCGUAGAAGUAAAGGACAACAGCAUGUCAAGGACUCUGGUGUUGAAUCACAAAACAAAUCUACAGAGGUUUCUGCUGGAAAUACCAUGGAUAAUGUACCUCUUGAAACAACAAAAUUGUCAUCAACAAUAGAGACAAUCCAGGAAAUAUCAGUAGAAAAAGUGCUGGAAGAAGAGGAGAAACAUGACCUUUCUCAGUCUGAAGAAGUUAGUGAUAAAAUAAAAGAAAAUGCACAUGUUAGCACCUCUACAGUAGACCAAUCAAAUCUCGGGGAGAUGCCAGUUGAAGAACGUCCCAGUGCAUAUUCUAUAACAGAGAGUAUAGAAAGAGAUGAGGACACAGACUUGUUAAAGCAGUGGGGAAUUUUAGAGGCCAACAGUUUGGUGAAUGAGUCACAUUUAAAACCUGAUGGUACAGAGUCUUCUGUCACACCAGAGAUAACCACAGAAAAAAACAGCCACAGAGAACACACAGAACUUGAAUGCAGUGUUGAGCAAGCAACAGUUUCAUCACAAAAAGAGGAGUUGUCGGCAAAUGAGGAACAAAAUGAGCAUUUCGGGUUAUUUGAAGUCAGAAGAACUGAGCACUCAGGGGAUGCUGUAUACGAAGCGCAUGAAGAAGAGGAGGGCAAGCCAACAGAAAUGCGAAAAGUGCAUCAAAUUGAUUACUCUUCAUUUAAGGAGAGCAAAUCUUCUCUACAAACUCUGCAAUCAGAAAUACAGCUUCCUUUGGACUCCCAAACUAUGGACAACUCUCCGAGUGACAAAGAGGAAAUCCGCCCAGGCUUCAAACCCACAGGGAACAGAAGAAAACUGGGGUCAAGCCGAAGAAAUAAAGGAAGACAGCAUGCACCGGACUCUGUUACUGAACCAUACGCUGAACUUAAAGAGGAAGUUGUAGAAAAUACUCAGGGUGAUGAAACUUCCGAAAGAGAAAAAAUAACAUUAACAACAGAGACAACAAGACAGGAAGAAUUAAAAGAACAAACUGACCCCGGUGUCAAAUCUGCUGAGAAAAUUAUUUCAACAGUAAAGGAAAAGGAAAACCCACAAAAGCUGCCAGAGGAAGAUUCAGCUUUGUCACAGAACAUUAUGGACAGCAGUACAAUUGUGACAACAGACUUUACUUCAAGUUCAGAAGCCACAGUUUGGAAAGAUGAUUCAGACACACAAAAUAUCUCAUAUCAUGAUGGCAAUGACAACACCAGGUCAGUCGCUUCUGAUGUACUUGACCAAAAAGACGCACUUCAAGCUUUAUCUCGUUACGAAGACUUAUUGGGACUAGAGAUGAGUGUCCAACCGACAAAUUAUGUGAAAGAAACUGUAGGAGAUGUCAUGAUAAAAGACUAUAACACAGGAGCGGAGAGCUCGAUGUAUGUACAAGGGCCUGGACAGGUUGAAGUGAGAGAAGAAUGCAAAGAUCAUGCAAAUAAAGACCAUGCAGCCCAAGAAAUAAAUACUUCAGAUGAAGUCACACAUGCUGCACUUAUUUCUGAUGUAUCUGAGGAACGUCAAAUUUCCACAGCAGCGGAUGCAUGCGACAGCCAACCAGACGUACAAGAAACAACUCCUGAAGAUAACAGUGAAAAUUUGCAAGGAAAACACAAACAAAAGAGAAGAAAAAUGGCCUCUACUCGCAGGACUCAACUCAAUAGAAAAGAAGAGGGAGAAAGGGACAAUAACGAUGAAACAAAAGAAAGCAACUUGGACAUGGAAGCUGAUGUGAGAAAUGCUGACAAGAUGGAGGUAGAGCAGGAGUUACCAUUGAUAGUAACAACAGACGUAUCACAAAAGGAAAGUGCACAACCGUCACCGAGUACUGCACAUGAUGAAACCAGUUCUGUGCACGACAAGGCACAAAAGCUACAAAGCAAUGCCUCUGAACUGCAGACUAUGGAAAGCAACAUGAUACCAGGCAUAGAUGAUUCAGUGGUCUCCCACAGUGAGGAAGCUGUUAAUCCUGUUACGUUUGUUCACAGAGCUGAUGUAAGGGAUAGUGAGGGAAACAUAGAUGUUGUUGUGGAGCCACCAGAGUCUGAUGAUUUUUCAGGCACUGAAAUGCAAACAACCUCUGCACUCACUAGAAGAAAGAGACACACAAUAAGUCAGUCGCAGGAUACAAAUACUGAAGGUGUUUCUGCACAAAUUGCACAAAAUGAUGAGCAGAGUCCAGAGGGCAUAACAGACGGUGUGAAUGAAGGAGCUCACAGCACAAACGCUGGGAUGGAGAAUCCAAGUCCAAAUUUCAGUUCGACCAACAGAAGGAGAAAGAUGGGCUCCACCCGCAGGAAUCUUGGUUCACGAUCCAAAAGGGAAGACUUACAUCAAAAGCAGGAGGAGGAUGAUGAGACCCCUGCUACAAAUGUUGGAGAUGUUUUGACCGAAAGUGUCUCAGGAAUUGAAGAAAAAGAGCUACAACUUCACAAUGAACAUGAAGACAGCAGCUCCGAGCAAAGGAAAGAAAAAGUAUUUGAAACAGUGGAGUACAGCCACACAGGUGAAUCUCAAUCAAAACCACCGGCUCACCAGACAGUUGAUGAAAACCCUGAUUCCCUCAGCCAACUAGCAGAAACAGAGCAUCAGCUAACUCCAGAUUACCUCCCUUCAAAACCAUCCACUUCUCCCAAACAUGAUGUCAGUAUAUCAGAAUCAGCAGCUGGAGGGAGAAGAAGAAAAUUGGGAUCUCACCGGAAGUCACAUGGACCUCAAAACUAUAAGGACCAAACUGCAAGUGAGGGCAGAAAGAUAGAUGCACAAAAAGGGAGAGAUGUCAGAAGUUUAACAGAUGAAAGCGCCAUCAAAACAACUGAAGAGCACAAAGAGGAAUCUUUAAGCCUGGAUAAAAUAUCAGAGGUUGAUGAAAGUGACAAGAAACUAUCAUCCAACAUCAGCAUAUCAGAGGCAACAGAGCACUCAGGGCCUGUGGGUGAGAAGGCACCUAAACGAGUAACUACAGUUCAGUAUCCCCAUGCUGAGAUCCAACUGGCAGGUGAUUCCAGAGGAGGAGAUGCCAGAUCAAAAACUUUCAAUGUGGUGAUGGUUGGAGACAGCUGUGUAGGCAAGACCUCCUUCAUGAAAAGAGCUCAGAGUGGGAAGUUUUCUUUAGAUUUGCCUGCCUCUGUUGGCCUCGAUUCCUGCAUAUGGACUGUGGUAGUGGAGGGAAAGCCUGUGGUGCUCCAGUUAUGGGACACAGCAGGUCAAGAAAGGUUUCACAGCAUCACACGACAGAUUUUUCACAAAGCCCAGGCGUUUCUCCUGAUGUAUGACAUCACGUCCUGUCAGAGCUUCUCCGCAGUCAGCUACUGGGCAAACUGUAUUCAGGAAGGGGCUGCAGACAACAUGACUAUUUUGCUUCUCGGAAACAAGAGCGAUAGUGCAAAACGGCAGGUUAAAACUCAGGAGGGAGAAAUCCUCGCUAAGGAGUACAACUUUGAAUUCAUGGAGUGCAGCGCUGCCACAGGUGAAAAUGUGAUUGAGUCUUUGGAAACUGUCGCCAGGAUGUUGAGUCAAAAAGCUGACACAAGAGAGGAAACGGUGGCAUUACACAAAGAGCCACCUCAGAAAAAAACAUCAGGAUGUUGCUGAGCAGAUGCGUUUGUCUACAAAAUCUGAAAAGAGGUUGAAGUCCUGCACACUGUGGACAUUCUGGACUGGCUCCUGAGAAAGUGUCUAUGAACAUCACAACUAAAUCUGAUACUCAAACCAUUCUUUUAAUCCAGCAUGUUGUAUUAAACUACACGAAUGUAUGUAAGUUUCAUUUCCUAUUUACAUUUAGCUUUAGUUAUUGUAUUAUUUCUACCAAUUCUUAACAUGUAAAUUACUGAUUUAGAGGACAAUAGUAGGAAACUCCUGCACUUGCAUAACAUACACUUUUGAAGCAACAUAGGGGACUCCAGGCUUUCUGAGUGUCUCAGUGUGUGCUUACUGUGUACUUUUGUGUAUAUACUACACAGCUGGUGCAGGCUUUAUCUAAUACCAAGUCAAUGAACAGUUGCAAAGUACUCAUGGAAACAGUUAUUUCAUGAUAUAUACCUGAUUUUUUUAAUCUUGCAAAAUGCUACUUAAUAUUGUUUUGCACUGUAUGUUUUAUCACUUUAAUUUUCCCUCUGUGAAAUACCUGCAGUACUCUACAAGUGCAAUUUAAGCCAGUAUUUAUAGGAGAAUUUUGGCGAUGUAUUAACUAAUCUCAAUGUGAAACUAAACGUUUAGUACUUCAGCACUUUCUCGGGUCCUUGGUUGGAAAAAAAAAAACAUGAGAAAACAUUCUUCAUAAAGAGAAUCUUCUAUAUUGUAAAGACACUGAAUGUUUGUACGAAAAUGUUUAUACUUUAUGGAAAUUAACUGUUUGUUUUACUUUCAUGAAAGAAAUAAAUUUUAAAUGUGG